AUGUUUCUGGUAGUCUCCGCCCUCACAAACAUGUUUCACGUGAGAGGCUAUGGCUAUAUCGAGUAUUAUACGUCUUUUGUGAAGUGCGUUGCAGUUGUCUUGAUGAUAUUCUUCAUGUUCAUCAUGAUAUCAGGAGGAAUACCAGCAACAAACGGUCCAAUCGAGCGGCGUUUAGCUUCGGCGGUGUGCGACUCGUUUUCUGGAGAAUGUUUACCUUCUUUGUGGUUAAUUAUCUGGCUUGUCGGAAUGUGUGUGCCAUCCAAUGACACUAAUCUUGUUAAUGCCAGCGGGACCAUGGGAAGCCCCUUUAUCAUUGCAAUCAAGCGGGCGGAUGUUUAUGGUCUAGCAAAUUCCAUCAACGGGUUCACCUUCCUUAGUGUUAUUAGCUGUGGCAUUACCAGUGUCUAUAUCGCAAGUCGAAGCUUGACAGCACUCUCUGACCUGCAAAUGAUCCAUUCCUUCUUCGGAAGAAAGGACCUGCAGGGUCGGCCCUAUGUAUCCCUAAUAAUCAGUUUGGGACUUGUUGGUGGGCUGGGCUAUCUUAACUGCAACAGUGUAGGCAGUUUGGUGGCAAUAGCAACCCUCUUCCAAUGGGGUUCGAUUUAUAUUGCUCAUCUUCGCUUCCGGCAAGGCCUUCGUGCCCAAGGCAAGGAUCUAAGCACCCUCCCAUUCAAAGGUCUUCUCACCCCAUGGUCGCAAUACUUCGGUCUCAUCAUUGUGCUGCUUGUCUUUGGUUGUGAAUUCUACCUAGCUUGCUGGCCGUUUGGAGAAAAGGGUUCAGUGAAGAGCUUCUUCUCUGCUUAUCUCGCUGCUCCUUUGUUCUUCUUUGAUUAUUUUGUAUACAAGCAGUGGUAUUUCAAAACAAAGAUAGUCAAGCCAGUCGACAUGGACUUCGGCCCUGCUAGAGCCUUUGAUGAGCAAGAUCUUAUCAAUGCUAUUGCAGCGGAAGAUGCGGAGCGGGAUCCAGAGAAGAACAAGCGCCAAACCUGGACGAAACGUGUUCUGUACAUAGUAAUAGGAUGA